ACCCAUUCAAUUGGAAUGAUUCAUUCACCGGGCUACUGCAGACGCGACGGGCGACAGGGCGGCGCGUAUCUACCGCGCCUGCCUCCGUCUAAAAGGUUACGCGACCAAAAAAUACUAUUUUAAGCCUCAAACUCUGCUAUGAUUAAGGCGCAAUAUGUAACGAUCGCGAUUCUUCUGUUCGGUGCAAUGCUGGAGACGGCUUCUGUAAGCAAAAGGAGCUACUCCGACCAAUCGGUCAAGGGAUAUGUCACGGAGCGCACUUGCUGGUGGAACGAGGUGUGCAAGGAAGAGUUCCAGACGCUCUUCAGAUGCAAGUGCCCCUCUUGGUCCUACUGCCGGAGCCCUGGACGGUACUACAACGCCGUCUGCUCCAUGACGGAGACGGGCUACAUCUGGGACCAACCCAACUCAGACUUUAGACCACAAUAACAAGACCUAGAUAGACCCAGCUUCCAGAAUUUCAUUUGCAUUAUUGGCCCUUACAACGAUUCUAAUUUGAGACUGAGCCAGAACGGAAAUUAUGCCUUCUAUUUUCGUAAUUAGAAGAAGAAAAUAGCUCGCCUAAUUUCGGAGAAAAUACAAUGUGAUGCGUGUUCGACCAAAUUGUUGGAGAUUCUUGUUAUGUGAGAAAUAAACGAAUAUUUCCUUAUACA